CUUCCUGGUUAUCUUUACACGACAUUCACGUGUAGUGAUUUUUUGGAUGAAACCUCAUGGAUGUGUCUGAGUCCAUCAUGUUGAAUGGCAAUGACCACGAAGAUGAAGAAUUUAAACUCUUCCUCAGUGUGCAUACCCCUGCUUUAAAGGCGUCAAACAUUCCUCCGGUGUAUUGGAGAAAUCUGCAUCUGAAACUUGCAAAUGAGGUAUUUGAUGCUGGGGAAGUCUUUGGCAUUAUGCAAGUUGACGACAGUGAAGAGCAGGAGGAAGAGGAAGAGAAUUCCGAAGUGGAGAGAAAGAAAUCCAAUCCUGAAAUAGUUUACAAAGUGAUCGUCACCAGUGAGAGUGGCCUGCAAGCUUCUGCUCCCACCAGUGUUUUCUUAGUGGACCAUGCAUGGACAUAUCGUGUGGAGACAGCAAGGCAGCAGCUAGAGCAGGUUGCCGGUCUGCUGGCACGUAUGGCCAGCUUAAUGGGCCUGGACUUCCAUGGUGAGGCCCCUGACCCUGACACAGUGGACCAAGUGCUGGAGGACAUGUGGCUGUACAACCAGACAUAUCAUCUGUCUCACGGGUCUGCAGAGGAGAAGGUGCCUGUGUGGUACAUCAUGGAUGAGUUUGGCUCUCGGGUGCAGCACUCCAACCAGCCGACAUGCUGUAUGGCGCCCUUCUUCUAUGCCCCCCAGCAGAUAGCCUACACGGUGCUGUGGCCCUUACAGGACUUGGAGAAUGGAGAUGAAGUAACACGUGACUAUGCCUAUGGAGAGACUAAUAACUUGAUCCGUGAAUGCCGGUUGUUGCCAUGGGUACCAUCAGACCUGGAGGGUGUUGGCAGCUGCACCCCUGAACCCCCAAAUCUUUAUUUUGAGGCCAUUAUGGCAGGUAAUAAAGAAACACGUCCUCUGCCUAUUGAGCCCUCCAGUGUACCAGAAGACAAAGUAUUGAAGGUCUACACAGAGAUGAAACAAGUCAGAGAUAAUCUCACACACCCACGAUUUCUGAUGGUUGAGACUGAGGAGGAGGCUGAUGUUCUCUGGAUGUACAAUCAUAUCAGAGACUAUCGCAAGCUGAGUGAAGAGAGGCCUCAUGUCCUUUUAAACCAGUUCCCAUGUGAAGUGGUGGUCACUACGAAGGACUGCCUGGCAUCUGUGUCACGUCGUGCACAGGGGGAUGAGGGCGCCCAAUGGAUCCCGAAGACCUUUAACCUUCAGACAGAAUUGCCUCAGUUUGUCAAGCACUACCAGCAGAGAAAGAACAGAGGAGAGGAUAACCAUUGGAUUUGCAAGCCCUGGAAUCUGGCCCGUGGACUUGACACACACAUAACCAACAACCUCAACUACAUCAUCAGACAGAGAGAGAGCACCCCUAAGGUGGUUUGUAAAUAUUUGGAGGAUCCCGUCUUGUUUGACAGAGAGGAUAUAGGUUUGGUCAAGAUGGACAUUCGCUACAUGGUGCUGCUGCGCUCGGUCAACCCCCUCCGUCUAUAUGCCUACAAUGUCUUCUGGCUCCGCUUUGCCAACAAACCAUUCUCCCUCGACACCUUUGAUGACUAUCAGAAGCACUUCACAGUAAUGAACUAUGCUGAGGGAGUUGUGCUAAAACAGGUUCAUUAUGAUGAGUUCAUUCCCAUGUUUGAAAAGCAGCACCCACAAUAUCCCUGGAAACAAGUUGAGGCAGAUAUCUUUGUGGCCUUUGGUGAGCUGUUCCAGGCUGCUAGCUCCCAGCCUGCCCCCUAUGGUAUAGCUGAUUAUCCCUCUUCCAGAGCCAUCUAUGCCAUCGACCUGAUGCUGAAAUGGGACAAAACUGAACAAGGGGAGCGUAUAAUGAGACCACAAAUUCUGGAGGUGAACUUUAAUCCUGACUGUGAGCGCGCGUGCAAGUACCACCCACAGUUCUACAACCACAUGUUCCAGACACUAUUUCUGGACAACGCUGAGGAAUGUCCAGUCAGUCAGAUCGUAUAACUACUUUUUGUCCUCCAAGAAAAAUAAACUGUUUCUUAC